UACCGCCAAGACUACUUGAGUCCACGCGCUCUUUCCCACUUCCAUUCAAACUUCAGCUGUCUUAGCUCUGGUUAUAACCCGGGAACAGUCCGAGUCCACUCACAGAACCAGAAUAAAACAGAAUGUGGAACGAGAAGAAACAGAAUCAGACUCCACCUGUCGACCAUGGUCAGGUCAGCCUCAUCAUCUUCAUCCUUGGACUGGGAACUCUUCUGCCCUGGAACUUCUUCAUGACAGCCUCCCAGUAUUUCAACGAGCGUCUCAUGGUGUCACCCCACAACGUCACCUCUAACUCUACAUCAGGCAGCACCACUAAGAACUACAACUAUGACAGCUGGAUGGCUUUGCUUUCCCAGCUGCCCCUGCUGCUGUUCACCCUGCUCAACUCUUUUCUCUAUCAGUGGGUGAGGGAACGUAUCCGAGUGGCUUUCAGCAUGAUUGCCAUCUUCCUCCUCUUCUCCCUCACAGCCUGUCUUGUCAGAGUCGAAAUGCUGCCUGACACCUUCUUCAAUGUCACCAUGGCAACCAUCUGGUUCAUCAACAGCUUCAGUGCGGUGCUGCAGGGCAGUCUGUUCGGCGUUGUCGGCCUGUUUCCUCCUCGUUACAGUACUCUGUUUAUGAGCGGUCAGGGUCUGGCCGGGAUUUUUGCUGCAAUCGCCAUGCUCUGUUCCAUCCUCAGUAAUGCAGAGAAAAGCUCAGCGGCGUUGGGAUACUUCAUCACUCCAUGUGUGGCCACUUUGGGAACUCUGUUCUGUUACCUGCUGCUGCCUCAUCUGGAUUUUGCUCGUUUUUACCUGAACAGAAGUCAGUCUGUUGAAGUGGGGACGAAGCAGGAGCUCCUCAGCAGCACAGACAAAAAGCUUUUAGAUAAAGAGAAGGAAGCAGAGGAGAGUCAGGAGCGCUCGUCUGUCCUGGCCGUCUUCAAGAAGAUCUGGUUGAUGGCUUUAUGUGUGACAUGUGUGUUUGCCAUCACUCUGUCGGUGUUUCCUGUCAUCACAGUCCGAGUUCAGACCGUCUACAAGGAAAACACCGCCUGGAAUAAAGUCUUCACCUGCGUUUGCUGCUUUAUUGUUUUUAAUGUCAUGGACUUGGUUGGACGCAGUGCACCGUCUAUCGGCCAAUGGCCAUCGAAGGACAGCCGUCUGUUUCCUGUCGCUGUGUUUUCUCGUCUCAUCUUCAUCCCUCUGCUCAUGCUCUGUAACGUCAAAGACUCCAAAGUCGUCAUCUUCAGUCACGACGUGGCCUUCGUCGUCAUCAUGUCUCUGUUCUCUUUCUCCAACGGAUACUUGGCCAGUCUCUGCAUGUCCUACGCUCCACAGUUUGUGCGGUUUAAGGACUGUGAGACGGCUGGGACUCUCAUGACCUUCUUCCUGGUCCUGGGUCUGGCAGUGGGAGCAUCAUUUUCCUUCCUACUGGGAAUUCUGGUGUAGACAACAAACUAAUCUCAUCUUUACUGGGACAUGGGCAGUUAAAACCAAGUCGGAGCAGCUCAUUUGAGGACUGACUAUAAAAAUUAGGGAUGCACCAAUAUCCUCCAAAUAUCAGUACCAGUCAUUUCACUGACGGCAGAAGCAGAGAUUGAUACUAACGGUUGUUCAUAGGAUUGAAUUUGUGCUCAUUCAGAGAUAAUGUAAAGAAGGGCUGAGAGACUUUAAACCAUUUUUAUAUAUAAGGAAAAUAAAUAAAAAAUCAAACAGAAAAUAACAUCAGUACUGGUGGAUCCCUAAAAAAAAUGCAUUUACAGUUACAAUUAGAACCAUUAGCAUGAUGUUUAAUAAGAGAAGGAGAAGAAGAGGAACUGUUUAUUUAACAUUUUUUUAUUUUCAAACUUCAAAUGACAGAAGGAUUAAACAGAUAGCCAUUUAAAUGAUCAGACGAUGAACAGAUUAUUAAAAACUAUUUAUAGUUUGACCAAAAUACAAUCUGCACUUUUAUUGAAGGGACAUAAUAGGAUUAUAGUUUAUUUUUCAGAUGUGUUUGUUUUUGCCUUUUUAUUCAACAGCUGCAGAUGAAGAACCCCCCCAACCCCCUAGGCCAAAACACUUUCACAUUAGUCGCACUAGUGAAAUGUUUUACAUUAUUUAAUGCAGGUUAGAAUAUCUCCUGUUGUCCAUUUUUUAUAUAAACCAUUUACAGAGAAGUUUCUCUUUGUGUUAAAUGUUGGGUUUUUUGUUUUUUCUGCAUGAACAGACUGCACUGAAAUGUUGUUUGACUCCUUGCUACUGUAUUUAAAAACUUAGGUUUGUUUUGUUGUGCUUUUUUGUGUUGGUCUGGGGUUUUUUAUUGUCUUUUUAUAUUUUUAUUAAAAACUACUGAAUGAAUUUCUUCAAAACAUUUUUUUAAAUAAGCCACUUAUUUUCAUUUGAUACUGAGGAAAUGUGGAAGAUUUUUCCUAAAGUUUGCUUGCUAUUUAUGUUUUUUAUACUUCGCUUUUGUACGUUUAUUUUUGGACAAUGAAAAUCACGUCCAACAGAAUUGUAAAUAUUCAAAUAAAGAAUAUAUGCCUACUGCG